CGCUUGAUGAUGGAAGGUUGCCAUCAUCACACCAUUCCUUUGGAAAUUGUUUAUGUUGGUGGGAUGGGAUGGGAUGGUGGAGGAGGGUAUUUAAAAAGGAGCUUGAACUCCUUCCCCCCCAUCCAUUGUACUUUUGAGCUAUCCUACUCUUGAAUUACUAUAAAACAGCGUUUUCUUUUUGACGGGCACAUCUCUCGCCUAAUCACACGAGUCCCGUUUAUACAUCAAAUCUUGCACCAUUGCAACCUGUCAAAAAGGUGAAAAGCAAUCCGCGACAUGGUGAACCAAAAACUUGCAGUAGCGCUAUUGUUGUCUGGAGCGGCCAUCGCUUCGUCUGAUGCCUUCCGUUUGAGAGAUGCUGGAAUCGCCGUCUCGAAUGCCAUCCAAAACUUUGCAGUGAUUCCCGGAGCUGCAGCCGAGAACGCAAAAGAAGAGGCAUAUCUUGCCGCAAAGGCCGCCGGUGAUACCGCCAAGCAUUCAGGAAGAGCUGCACGAGCCGCCGCUGGUGAUAUUCAAGACGCCAUCUAUGAUACUGGUGCCUCGGCUGUCCACGCUGUCGGAGAUGCCGCCAAGGUUGUCAAAGACACGGCAGCAGGUGCGGCUGGGUAUGCUGCUGGUACGGUCGAAGGUGCCUAUGAGUACGCACGAGAUGCCGCCGGAAAUGUAGUCGAAAAAACCAAGCGAGCUGCAGCCGAUGCUAUUGAUACCACAAAGGAGAAGGCUGCCCAAGCCGCGGAGGCUGCCGAGGCAGUCAUUGGCACAGCCAAAGUAAAUGUAGAGGAGACCGUUGACGAAGCAAAAGCCAAAACAGAAAAAGGCUACGAUAAGACCAAGCGUGCCGCAUCGGAAGCAUACGACGCAACCAAGGAAAAGGCUGCACAAGUUCAGGACGCUGCGAAAGAAAAGGUAGACCAAGCCUAUGAGGCGACCAAGGACAAGACUGCUCGCGGGUAUGGGGCCGCAAAAGAUACCGCUGUAGAGGCAGAAAACAAGGCAUCGGGAGCAUACGGUUCAGUGAAACAAUCCGCUGAAGAUGUGUACGAUGCAACAAAGGAAAAAGCCGCCAACGUGUACGAAUACGCCCGUGAUAGUGCUCAACCUGUCGUGGACGCUAUUGUCGGAACGGGUGCAGCAGCAGUUGGGACUGCCGCAGAACUUGGUAGCGAAGCAAAAGAUGCAGUCGCCGGAGGUGCUGCCUACGUAGUUGACACAGCCAGAGAGGCUCGCGAUUCGGUGGUACGUAACGCCCAACAUGCUGCGAACGUCGCCCAGGAAAAGGGUCAAGAAGCCGUCAAUGCUGCCAGUCAAGCCGGUCGUCGUGCUUACGAGGCUGCAGAGGAGAUACCCGUGAAAAUAACUCGCUCUCGUCCCGCCCGCCAAGCCAGACAAGCAGCCGAUGAUGUGAAUGCCCGAGUACAAGAUGCCAAAGCUCGUGUUAACAGCGCCGCGGAAGGAGUUGCAAACACGGCUGGUGAAACCGCUCAAAACGUCAAAGCUCGCGCUUACGAAGCCAAGAACGCCGCUCAACGCCGUGCAGAGGAAGCAACCAACUACGUCCAAGAUAAAGCCAAGGACGCUUCUCAGUAUGUAAAGGAUGAACGUGACGGAGCCAUUGCUAAAGCCAAGGGAGCCGCUGAGCAAGCCCGUGGAUGGGCAGAGAGCGGUCAACGACGUCGCGCCGUCGAGGAAGCCAAACUCGCUGGUGAAAAGGCUCAGGAGAGUGCUGAACAUCUUGGUGAGGCUGCCAAGGAAGCGGUUGGUGCUGGAGAGGGAGCUCCAUCCACUUAUGAGAGACUCAAGGUGUUUUUGGAUGAGAAUGUUGCAAAGCCAGUGCGAAGAAUGAGUGGGGCUGGGAUUGGUGGGAAUGAUUUAUAAAGUUGUGGGAGGUAGAUGGGAGCUGCGUUGGGGGGAAUAUAGUUCUUGUCUUUGGACUGUCUUUAAGACUGUAUAUUAUUUCUUGGUGUGAACAGUGAUUUCCAUUUGCAAGUACA